AUGUUCAUGUUUGGCUAUUCAACAACACUUGUAGCACUCUUCAGCUUCCUAUAUCUUUGUCAGAGACGUCGCCGCAACAACUCCCCCUUAACAAAUUGGCCUUUCCUCGGUAUGUUACCACAAGUCCUAUGUAAUUUGUCACAAAUACACGAUUUCAUAACCGAGGCAUUGAAACCACAAGGUGGCACUGGAGAGUUCCUAGGACCUUGGUUCACCAACAUGAACUAUUUGGUCACUAGUGACCCCACCAAUGUGCACCACAUAAUGAGCAAGAGUUUCGAUAACUACAUAAAAGGGCAUGAGUUUCGUGAAAUUUUUCAAGCUUUUGGAGAUGGCAUAUUCACUGCUGAUUCAGAGACAUGGAAAUACAACAGGUCUUUGUUCCAUUCUUUGUUUAAACAGAGAAGCUUUGAGGUGUUUCUAGAGAAAACCAUUCAAAAGAAGGUGCAAAACAACCUACUUCCAAUACUGGAUCAUGUACACCAACAAGGGAUUGUGGUGGAUUUACAAGAUGUCUUCAACCGCUUCACAUUUGAUAACAUAUGCUCCAUAGUUUUAGGGUAUGAUCCUAAUUGUCUUUCCAUUGACUUUCCUGAAGUUGCAUGUGAGAAAGCCUUUAACGAAGCUGAAGAGUGCAUAUUCUAUAGACACGUAGUGCCAACCACUGUUUGGAAGUUACAAAAGUGGCUUCAAAUUGGUCAAGAAAAGAAAUUGACAAAAGCAUGCAAAACGUUUGACCAAUUCUUAUAUGCAUGUAUAGCAUCUAAACGCCAAGUGCUAAGCAAAUGCACCAAAAAUGAAAUGGCUGAGGCUCAAGUUGACUUGCUAACAGCUUUGAUGAGAGAAGAAAAGGGACAUGCACUUGAUGACAAGUUCCUAAGAGAUUCGGCAUUUAAUCUUUUUGUAGCUGGGAGAGAUACCAUAACUUCAGCUCUUACUUGGUUCUUUUGGCUUGUUGCUACACACCCAUUAGUGGAAUCCAAGAUUCUUGAAGAGAUCAAAGAUAAGUUUGGUGACAAGGAAGAGAAAUCAGGGGGUUUUGGUGUGGAAGAUGUGAAAAAGCUAGUUUAUCUUCAUGGUGCUAUAUGUGAAGCGUUGAGGCUUUUUCCUCCUAUUCCUUUUGAGCGCAAGCAAUCAAUAAAGGCUGAUAUACUUCCAAGUGGACACAGUAUUAAUCCCAAUACAAUGAUCUUGUUUUCUUUGUAUGCAAUGGGGAGAUUUGAAGAUGUAUGGGGAAAAGAUUGUUCGGAGUUCAAGCCAGAAAGAUGGAUAUCUGAAAGAGGAGGCAUUGUUUAUGCACCAUCUUACAAAUUCGUUAGUUUUAAUGCUGGACCCAGGACCUGUUUGGGCAAAGAAUUAUCCUUCAUUCAAAUAAAAAUGGUGAUAACUGCUAUUUUGUGCAACUAUCGUAUCCAUGUGGUGGAAGCUAAUCCUAUCAUCCCAAGCCAUUCAAUUGUACUUCUAAUGAAGCAUGGUCUCAAGGUUAGGAUAACCAAAAAGGGAAUUUGA